CCCCACAAAUGUUGAAGAUCUUAACAACGGAUUUGUGCCAACAACAUCUGGAUCCCACGUCGUCACUAAGCAGUCAGUUAAUAUAAGCCAAAUCUCUGGUGACGGUUCAGUCUGACUUGAGCAGUUGGAGGUGAUCCAUCCAGUUGUCUACACACUCUCACCAGUCCAGCACCUGACAAGAUGGGCAAGGAAAUCGACUUUGUCAACAGGGACCCCAACAAUUUGAACGACCAUGUCAGGGUUAUGUUUGAAGAAGUUCUGGGAGAGCCUGACGGUGCCCACUCCAUCAAAUGUGUCUGGAGCUGUGCCUAUAAGUGCUUCGAAUGCUGUAAAGGCUGCUGCUACAAGUUACUGACCCUGCUGUGUGGUAUUCCCUUGGCUUUGUGCUGGGGAUGUGAGUUCGCCUACAUCACCUUCUGGCACGUGUGGUACGUCACCCCCUGUAUGAGGGCCUACAUGAUCAACUGCGGCUGCAUGCAGAAGUUCUACGGCACCUGUCUACAAUGUUACCUCCAGCCGCUAUGUGAGGCCUACAGUUUCCUGUUUAGCAACAUCCGGGUCACCAACUACUCAGGAUAAUCGUUCGGAUCGUUUAAGGAUUAUUCACAUCAUUGUUUCACUUGGCAAAAUUUGAUUUUACGACAUCAGCAGAAACUACAAACAAUGAACUAAAAUCUUCACAAAUUAGAACAAAUUAUAGAAAGAACUUUCACGACACCAUCACCGUUUUCUGAAACAUUGGACGUGACCACACGCCCAGACCUGUGAUAGAUAUUUAAUAUAAUCUCAAAACGACAUCUGUGAUAUAGAUUUUUUUCUACAUGUUGCUAUCUAAGUACAACGUUACAAAAUGUUCAUUAACUGAUGAGAAAUUUUAUAAAUCUGUGAUAUGAAGUAUUAUAUUUUUUCAGUGAGUCCUACACAUUUAUUUUAUCUAUACACAAAUUGCACCUUUCUACACCUUUUGUAACAACCAGUUACAUACUUGUGAUUUUAAAUGCUAAUUGUCAACAAUCUGACAACACAAUUAAAUAAUUUACCUUUCUUUGAUGAUUUCUGUAAAAUGUAGUUUGGGCUACAUCCACUGUUUAAAAUAAAGGAAAGUUUUAUAAAUACAAUAUUUUUUUUCAAAAUUGUUACCAUGGCAAAUUUCAGUCAUCAUAAAUGUAAUAGUCAUCUUACAUAUCCCCUUACCAAUCCCACUCCCCUCUCCUUACCAGCUUUCUUCACUCUCUUACCAUACCCAUUACCUAUUCCAAUCCACUCCCUUUACCAAACCCACGGAACUCCCAACCAAAAUUACUCAUGAGAUCGUUUACAUAUUUCAGCGACCAUAGUGUUUAUGAAAGAAAGCAGAUUGGUUUUAUUUUCUUACUAGACUACACGUCAUCCCUUGGAUAACUGUGGGUUUCGGGGGUCAUCCACGAAAAACACCACGUCUGUCACUUAUCGUCACAACAAAAAAAAAAAACAGACCCCACAUUAAAAAAGACGUCACACCUCAGACGUUUUUGUCUUUUAAAAACAUCGAUUUUGGCUGAGCAUGGAUCUGACAACACAAUCUCUUCAUAUGUUGAGGUCACAAAAACAGGUCAACUCUACUUCACCUUACCAGUGUCCUCCCAACUCAGACAUGUUUUUGUCUUUGAAAAAACAGUUUUCGGGUGAGCAUGGGUCUGAUAACAAUGUCUCAGACAACAUGUUUUAUCGUUUAAAAAAUAGAUUCCGGCCGAGCAUGACUCUGACCACACUAUCAUGAGGACAAAGAAACAGGUGAACUCUACUUCACCUGCCAAGUUCUGAUAGGCAACUUUAUCAUUCACAUCUAUAAAAAAAAAUGAAUUUUUAAAUUGAAUUUUAACAUUUACAUGAAGCCUAUUACAGUAAAACCUAGAUCUAGUAUCUUUCAAACUAAAUGCAUUUUAAAUUAGCCAAUUCCAUAGACAAACAAAGAUUUAUAUAAAAUAAUGGUCUAAAACUCAUUAUUAUCUAGAAAUAGAUAGAAUUAUCUAGAUUCUACGACUGGUUUGGUUAAGUCUAGUUUUUGCCGUAACUCUUGCUAGAUCUAGAUCUAGUACCUUGCAUUCUUGAAUUAGAUGAUCCGUGAAGCUAAAAAGCAAAGAUUUAUAUCAAAUAUAUAAGGACUAAAAUAGUUUAAUAUAGAAACUCAAAAAUUUAUUCUGAUUUUAAAAUGUUUUUUUUUUAUUUUUAACUAAUUAAUUUUCGUUUGACCUAGAUUCUAGAUCUAUAAAUAACUUCCUUAGACAGCUGAUCUUUAGAUUCUAGAUCUAGAGAAAUUUAUUGUAUACUUAAAUGAAAAGGACUGCUGAAAAUUGAUAUAAGUGUUGAAACAUAAUUAAAAUAGCAAACGGACGUAUCGUUAAAGAUAUAGCGGACAGAAAAUUAGCUAUAUAAUGUGUUAUACUUUUGAAUGGGAAACAAAAUUUUGUAUGGAAGCCGCCGUUAUUGUUGUAAAAAGUAAAUAAAUCAUGUGACGUCACUAUAAAAUAAUUGUUCUGAACUUUUACAAUGAAUGUGGUUAAUCUAUCAAUGAAUAAAUCAAUAAAGUAAUUAA